AUGGUCUCCCUGGCCUCUGCUUGUCUCCUUGCUGAGAUUAAAAAGAUCCUGACUUUUCUACUUAGAAAAGAGGAGACUAAGGGCGAUAUGCUAGAGAGCUAUACAAUCAUAACCCGUGUGGAGAAAGUGAUGGAGGGGGCGUGGGACGAGGGCAACCAGAGCUCCUUUGGGGACUUCAUCCUGGUCGGGAUGUCCGACCGGCCGCAGUUGGAGAGGCUGCUCUUCGGGCUGGUCUUCGUCUUCUACGCCGUGUCGUUGCUGGGCAACACGACCAUCAUUGUGGUGUCGUGGCGGGACCCCCGCCUCCACACGCCCAUGUAUUUCUUCCUCAGCAACCUCUCCUUCCUGGACCUCUGCUACACCACCAGCGUGGGGCCCCAGACGCUGGUGAACUUGGGCAGCCCCCUCAAAUCCAUCUCCUGGCUGGGCUGUGUGGCCCAGCUCUACGUCUCCCUCUCCUUGGGUUGCANNNUGUGCGAGCUUCCGGCCUUGCUCAAGCUGGCUUGCACCGACACCACCUUCAACGAGUUGGAGCUGCUGGCCAGCGCCGUGCUCUUCCUGCUGGUUCCCCUCGGCCUCAUCCUGGUCUCCUAUGGCCACAUCAGCGUCGCCGUGCGGCGCAUGCGCUUGCGCCUGCCCCGGUGCGGGCGCCACCGCGUGGAGCACUUCAUGUGCGAGCUUCCGGCCUUGCUCAAGCUGGCUUGCACCGACACCACCUUCAACGAGUUGGAGCUGCUGGCCAGCGCCGUGCUCUUCCUGCUGGUUCCCCUCGGCCUCAUCCUGGUCUCCUAUGGCCACAUCAGCGUCGCCGUGCGGCGCAUGCGCUCGGCCCAAGGCCGGCUCAAGGCCCUCAACACCUGCGCCUCCCACCUGGCCGUGGUGACCCUCUUCUACGGCACGGCCAUCUCCAUGUAUCUCCAGCCCCCCUCCAGCUACUCCCAGGACCGCGGCAAGGCGGUCUCCCUCUUCUACACCAUGGUCACCCCCAUGCUCAACCCGCUGAUCUACACCCUCCGGAACAAGGAGGUGCACGGGGCCCUGCGGAGGAUGCUGGGCCGGACCCCGGCCGACCAGGCGACCUGA